CUGUAACUGACAAAUUGACCAGUCUGAAAGUUAAAAACUCAGGGGGGCCCAAUCACAGGAGGCCCCCAGACUUUUGUUUAACCUCCAGGAACUCUACCUGGUUUACCUCCUGGUUCUCUCAGUGAGUAUCAGAGAAAACUCCUCUAGAGCUUCCAUAAGGAGGAGGGGAAAGGAACCAUUCUGAAAUGUGCCUGCCAGAGCUCUCUGCGCUUAGCAAGGCCCGCCCUCAAGAGAAACUAUUUCAGCAGACCCUCGCCUACCUGGGAGGUGGAAAAUACUCAACUCCAGCCCCCCUGUAGCCGCCCUGUUCCACCUAAAGGGGGGCGGAGGGGGACCGGGAAGCACUGGUCAAGUUCACAGGUCAGCAGCACAGGUUCACCAAAAGACUGAGACCUAAACUAUAGGACUAAAAACACUAAGACAUUCAGAGUCCUGGAUUGUUCGUGUAACCUUCCAUUCAUUCAUUCAUUCAUUCACUUCCUGUUAUGUGUCAGAUAUUGUACUAAUUCUUAUGGGGAUAUAAAAUAUAAACACUUAGUCAAACAUGCAACAGUUUUUAAACACAACUAGACCCCUAAUCUCCUGAUACAGGCCAUAGAAGUGGGCGGCUAUCACUGGAUAACUUCCCCCAGACCUCUCCACAGGGGGGAAGCAAAAUUGACAUCUGGAUAUAUUACGUGGGAAAGAAAGUCACCUCCCGCACAACAUAGUGAUUGGAGCUGCCACCAUUGCAAAUGUCUAAACUUUGCAAGAUGACAUUUCCAGCCACACCCUGAGAGAGGAAACAGGGACUAGAAUGUCCCCCUCCCUGGGUGUAUCUACUUCACGGCAAAAAUCCCACUGUGCUGGGAGACGUCUCCUAGUCUCGCCGAAAUUCACAGAUUGUGGGUCCCCCACAGCCAGAGCCACCUGCGGGUGUCCGAGCAUCUUUAUCGCUGUGGCCUUGGAGCUGGCCUUCUCUUCCUCUGCUUCGAAGGGAAAGGAGAUAGAAGCCGAAGCUGAAAUUCCGCACUUUGUGGUAGGAGGGAUCCUGGGACAGGAAUGAGCAAUGACUAUGUAGUAGAUAGAGUCCAAGAUAAAAAGGCCGAGCCAGAGGGGAUGGGGCAAAACUCCAGUCUUCCUUCCAGGGAGAGACUCAGAACUCGGGCUCUUUCAUCUGACUUUUAGCAAUCGAACAGGUGUGCCAUGGCUGGGUGGAGCUGCCUCGUGACGGGCGCAGGAGGCUUCCUGGGGCAGAGGAUCAUCCGCUUGUUGGUGGAGGAGAAAGAGCUGCAGGAGAUCCGGGCGCUGGACAAAGUCUUCAGACCGGAAUUGCGGGAGGAAUUUUCUAAGCUCCAGAGCCAGAGCAAGCUGACCUUGCUGGAAGGAGACAUUCUGGAUGAACAGUUCAUGAAGAGAGCCUGCCAGGGCAUCUCAGCUGUCAUUCACGCCGCCUCUGUCAUUGACGUCUUCAAUGUCAUUCCGAGAGAGACCAUCAUGAAUGUCAACCUGAAAGGUACCCAGAUCCUGCUGGAGGCCUGUGCCCAGGCCAGUGUGCCCAUCUUCAUUUACACCAGCACCAUAGAGGUGGCCGGGCCCAACUCCUACCGGGAGGUCAUCCAGAACGCCUCUGAAGACCAGCCUCUGGAAACCACGUGGUCGGCUGCAUAUCCGUACAGCAAGAAGCUUGCCGAGAAGGCUGUGCUGGCCGCGAAUGGGUGGGCUCUUAAAAAUGGUGGCACCUUGUACACGUGUGCCUUAAGACCCAUGUAUAUCUAUGGGGAAGGAAGCCCUUUCCUUUAUGGCUUUAUUGAUCACGCCCUGAAGAACAAUGGCAUCCUGCCACACAACAGCAAGUUCUCCAUCGUCAACCCAGUGUAUGUUGGCAACGUGGCCUGGGCCCACAUUCUGGCUCUGAGGGCCCUGCGGGACCCUGAGAAAGCCGCAAACAUCCAAGGACAGUUCUACUACAUCGCAGAUGACACGCCGCACCAGAGCUACGACCACCUCAACUACACUCUGAGCAAAGAAUGGGGCUUCUGUCUGGAUUCCCGGAUGAGCCUGCCUGUAUUGCCGAAGUACUGGCUGGGCUUCCUGCUGGAAAUAGUGAGCUUCCUGCUCAGUCCCAUCUGCAGGUAUCAACCCCCCUUCAACCGCCACACGGUGACCUUGUUGAAUAGCGUCUUCACCUUCUCCUACAAGAAAGCUCAGCAAGAUCUGGGGUACCAGCCGCUCUUCGGCUGGGAAAAAGCCAAGCAGAAAACCAUGGAGUGGAUUGGCUCCCUGGUGGAGCGGCACAAGGAAGCCGCGAGAACCAAGACUCGCUGAGGCGGGUGACAAGGGGUGCAUGUGGGUAUUGUGAGUGGGUGGCUGUCAGUCUCCCCUUCUGGUGCAUCCCUGUUACAAGAUGCCAUCUCAUUGCCUUCUUCCUCCCACCAGUCACUGGCCCAGCGAAGCUUUCCGCCCUACCCACCCUCCAGAGGACAAAGUGAUUUCCUGCAACUGCUGGUCCCCACGUCCCAGUUGCUGAUCCUGAAACUAUUCGGGCCUCUUUUCAUUUAGGUUUCUGCCUAUUCAUUUCAUUUCCUUUGCCAAUUACAAAAUUUUUAAAUUCCUAUCCCUUUACACAACUCGGUGGAAAGAAUAAUAAAUGUUUUCAUGCCUAA